AUGGUACCCUUUCCUCUAUCUUAAGCCGGGGGGUUUAGGUAAUUAAACCAUAGAGAACACCAUAUCAGCAGGGUUGAUUUGCAGGAAGCUGUACAGUGUUAAUAUUGACAAUGAUAAUCACUUUGGUAUAUACCAGUGCAAUCAAAUGUGUUAUUCAAUUGUUUUGAAUGUAGGUCCGCUUGAUAAGUAUUUUCAUGAAAGCGACAACAAUAUAGUUACAUCUGAUACAAGCUGUGCCGUGUCGUCCCAACCCACAUGACUGAUGUGUAACCCCUCCUACUUUAAUUAUCUGCAAUGGAGCUUUUUUUUUUCUACUCUUAAACCAAUGUUGCUCUGUAUCCUCCAUACAGACUCUUCUCAUGCGUAGGCUACAUGCUUUGCAAGGGCGGACCUCUGUAGCUCAGUUAGGUAGAGCGUGGCGCUUGCAAUGACAGGAUAGUGGGAUGGAUUCCCAGGACUUACAAAAAAAGAUGCAUGCAUCACUUGCCUGACUGUGGUGCGUCCCAGAUGAACAUUACUCCACAUCACCAAGUACACCAGGGUCCCCUGACUUGACUUGAAGCGUGUUUUUAUAUCUGAUGUUCUUCCAGAAGACGGAGUACCACUGCACUGUGGCUGGGGACUUCUAGGGAAGAUACCCCUACACUCACUCCACUGUUUGGAAAAGGGUCUCCAGGAGAAUGUUUUGGGGAUGAACUGCUGGAAGAGCAGCACCUUGCUGGACAACCCGUGUGACCCCAGAGAACCAUCUUUACCCCGUCGCCACCUUCGCCCCUCUGUCAGUGCUGCGGAGAGCCCAAAGACUUAGUGUGAGCAGUUGGGGGUCGGGGGGUGGGGAGGGCAGGGGACCUGGGCUGGUGGAUGGAGGAAAGGCACACAUCCCUUCUGCCAGCGAGCCACCCACCCACCCUGAUGGUGUCCCCUGCCCAUGUCGCUCCCACCACCCCUCUGCAAUGGUGACAUGAGAGAAUGUGAUGUGAAGGAGCCUAUUGUAUUUUGGAAGAAGAAUCGCUGCCACCUCUGAAGCAACUGUUGCAUUCUGAUUGCUUUCACCGUGAACUCUGUGACUGAUUCUGCGCAGGGUGAUGUUGCUGCCGUCAUGCGGUCGCCUCCGGCGGCUCUUCCGUCACUCUCACUCCCUCACUCUCCAGACCAGCCUGCUGCUCCUCUUCCUCUUCUGCAUGGUCAGCGUCCUGGUCUCCGCCUACUUCCUCUACGGAGUCAAGCGGGAGCUGGAGCCGGCUGCGGGGGGCGUAGGAGGACCGGAGGAAGGCACUGCUGACUGGGAUGACCCUCGGGCCACCACGCCCUCCACCUCCUCCCGAGCUCUCCCUCCACGCACGGCCAGGCCCUCAGACGCGUCACGCACCGACCCUGUGGUGCUGGUGUUUGUGGAGAGUCUGUACUCCCAGUUGGGCCAGGACAUUGUGGCAAUCCUAGAGUCUGGCCGUUUCCGCUACCGGACCGAGAUCGCCCCGGGGAAGGGGGACAUGCCCACCCUGACAGACAAGGACCGAGGCCGUUUCACGCUGGUCAUCUACGAGAACAUCCUGAAAUACGUCAACCUGGACGCCUGGAACAGAGACCUACUGGACAAGUACUGCGUAGAAUACGGAGUGGGUAUCAUAGGCUUCUUUAAGGCCAAUGAGAACAGCCUGCUCAGUGCCCAGUUGAAGGGCUUCCCUCUCUUCCUCCAUUCAAACCUGGGCCUGAGAGACUGCAGCGUCAACCCCAAGUCCCCCCUGCUCCUCAUCACUAAGGCCCGGGAGGUGGAGCGAGGCCCCCUACCCGGGGACGACUGGACUGUCUUCCAGUCCAACCACUCCACCUACGAGCCUGUUCUCCUAGCCAGGACCCGGGUGCCUGACCUGGGCCCAUCCGGGGUGGGGGUGGGCGGCCCCCUCCAUGCCUCUGUGGUCCAGGACCUGGGGCUCCAUGACGGCAUCCAGCGGGUGCUCUUCGGCAACAACCUCAACUUCUGGCUGCACAAGCUGGUGUUUGUGGACGCUGUAGCCUUCCUGACGGGCAAGAGGCUGUCUCUGGCUCUAGAUCGGUACCUGCUGGUGGACAUCGACGACAUCUUCGUGGGCAAGGAGGGCACCCGCAUGAAGGUUUCUGACGUCAAGGCCCUACUGGAGACCCAGAAUGACCUCCGAACCUUCGUCCCCAACUUCACCUUCAACCUGGGCUUCUCUGGGAAGUUCUUCCAUACUGGUACGGAUGAGGAGGACCUGGGUGAUGACCUGCUUCUCUCCUAUGGGAAAGAGUUCUGGUGGUUCCCCCACAUGUGGAGCCACAUGCAGCCCCACCUUUUCCACAACCAAUCCGUGCUGGCCGAACAGAUGCUACUCAACAGGAGGUUUGCGCAGGAGCAUGGCAUCCCCACCAACAUGGGCUACGCCGUGGCUCCCCACCACUCUGGGGUGUACCCCGUCCAUGUCCAGUUGUACGACGCUUGGAAGAAGGUGUGGGGCAUCAAGGUGACCAGCACGGAGGAGUACCCCCACCUCAAACCUGCCCGCUUCCGACGAGGCUUCUACCACAGUGGCAUCAGUGUGCUGCCCAGGCAGACGUGUGGCCUGUUCACUCACACCAUCUUCUACAAUGAGUAUCCUGGAGGACCCAAGGAGCUGGACAAACUCAUCAACGGAGGGGAGCUCUUCCUCACGGUGCUCCUCAACCCGAUCAGCAUCUUUAUGACCCACCUGUCCAACUACGGGAACGACCGUCUGGGUCUGUACACCUUUAAGAACCUGGUGAAGUUCCUCCAGACAUGGACCAACCUGCGGCUGCAGACCCUGGCACCUGUGCAGCUGGCCCAGCGCUACUUCCAGAUCUUCCCCGAGGAGAGGGACCCCAUCUGGCAGGACCCCUGUGAGGACAAAAGGCACAAAGACAUUUGGUCCAAAGAGAAGACAUGCGACCGAUUCCCGAAGUUGCUCAUCAUUGGACCACAGAAGACAGGCACCACAGCCCUAUAUCUGUUCCUGGGGAUGCAUCCUGAUCUAACCAGUAACUACCCCAGCAAGGAGACCUUUGAGGAGAUCCAGUUCUUCAAUGGUCACAACUACCACAGAGGCAUCGACUGGUACAUGGAGUACUUUCCCCUACCCUCCAACACCAGCUCAGACUUCUACUUUGAGAAGAGCGCUAACUACUUUGACUCCGAGGUGGCUGCACGCCGGGCAGCCGCCCUCCUACCCAAGGCCAAAAUUAUCACCAUCCUCAUCAACCCUGCAGACAGGGCCUACUCAUGGUACCAGCACCAACGUGCCCAUGGUGACUCAGUCGCCCUGAAGUAUACUUUCCAUGACGUCAUCACUGCUGGCCGCAAUGCCCCCAUCAAGCUGCGGGUGCUCCAGAACCGCUGUCUGGUACCGGGCUGGUAUGCCACCCAUCUGGGCCGCUGGCUCAACCACUACCACCCCAGCCAGAUCCUGGUUCUGGAUGGUCAGGUGCUGAGAACAGAGCCUUUUGCUUUGAUGGACAAGAUCCAGAAGUUCCUUGGGCUGACAAACACACUGAACUACCACAAGAUUCUAGCGUUUGAUCCCAAAAAAGGGUUCUGGUGCCAGUUGUUAGAUGGAGGGAAGACCAAAUGCUUGGGCAAGAGUAAAGGACGGAGAUACCCCGACAUGGACACAGAUUCUCGCUCCUUUCUUAGGGAGCAUUACAGGGACCACAACAUAGAGCUGUCCAAGCUGCUCUAUAAGAUGGGCCAGCCUCUGCCCAGCUGGCUCAGGGAGGAGCUGAUCCACAGCAGGUAGCCUCAGCAUGGCCGGGGACACAAGGACAGAGACGCCACCCCAACCUGCCCACACAUAGGGGGUGCACUCUCCCCUCCGCUCCAGCCAGCCAGCGCCACGCGGGGUGACCAGGAGCUGAGGAAGCAGGAGAGACACAGCAGGCCCUCCAUGCCCACUCAACCCAGUGGCCCCCAGCGACCCAAGUUUGGGGUGUGGGCCUCAGAAGGGGAAAUGAGGCAGGGGUGAAGGAGAGACAUGAACUGUGUUUAGGAUUGUUCUAUUUCUUUGUCAGAAAGAAUGACAAAGUGCCCGUCUUGACCGUGGGCACAUGCACACAGCAACGCUGGGGCAAAGAGAGAAGAGGGAUCAAAGAGAUGUAUCAUUUCCUCAAGGAGAACCCAAUGUUAUUAUUCGGUCUCUCACACAGACAGGCAGACACACUCACUCUCUGUGCGCUUUGCAGAGGGCGGAGAAAGACUUUGUUUCUCAGUGCCAGUUAUGAAAAAUACACUAGCCAAUAAUGGAUAUUCAAGUGCCGGAGUGGAAUGUUAAUUUGAAAGUAUUUCUGAAUUUAUAUUUUAAUCAUUAACACUCAUAUAGUGCUGGAUGUCUGUAUUUGUUUCCGAGCUGUUAUGGUUGCACAAUGCAUCGGUCGAGCAUUGUAUGUUCCUUUCAACUGUCCCAUGUUUUUAAUCUGUGUUCAUCUGAAAACAUAACUGGAGUCCAUGAAUUGCUCCCACAGACCACACUGACACUUGACCUUUAUCAUGUCAAGUCAAAUCACCUUUGGGUCUCUAAGACCUUCAAUAUAAUGAAUCCACAGUACAGUGGGAUUAAAAAAGUGAAAAGUGUAAUAUUUCCAAAUGAGACAAGCUUGCGUUGUAAUGGUCAGUGGAAUGUUGUCCUUGGUCGUAACUGCCUUAAUAAUGAAAUAUUGAAACCCAUUCCUAAAUACAGGUGGACCCUACCAUGUCUGUAGAGUACACUACAAACUGAACGUAAAUGUGACAUGAAAAAUGUAGCUGCAUGUUUUAAAGGCCUUAAAGUGGAUAUUGCAAUUUCACUCCAAGGAGACGGACAUCCUCGUCGCCAUCCAACUUGUUACUGUACCGAGCACGUCUCUUGAUUUUCCGCUAAUAGAGCAAGAAGAGCAGGAUGUUGAUUCCUGGUCUUUCCCAACUCAACUGAGUCGAGCUUAGUCACUUCCCUAUUCCUUCUGUCAUCUGAUUUGUCACUCCUUUUGUGCCUGGACAAUAGGUGAGUGCAGAAUAGAAGGAUAUCUUUUGAUCAGCUCCACUGGGGAAGGAUACUGGUGCCCCUAGCCCUUGUCUCCUAGUUUCCAGUUACAGACAACACUGUCUUCCCUUCCACUUGGAAUGACUUUGCCACAUGUUGUCAAACCAACACACCAGAGAAGCGUAGGUCACAGCAACAUAUCUCUAGCUCUGCAGUGGUUGAUUUAGUAUGCCCUUUGAACCCAAGCCCACUAGAUCAGUUGGUAGUGUAAAUGGCGGCCUAUAAGAAGUGGUCCUUAUCCUUCUGUGUAGGAUGGCUCUUAAAGGUUCACACUGUCCCAUGUCAUCCUCAGACAUUAUUCAUCAAUGCAGCUUAUAGUCCUAGCCCACUUCAUAGUGUCCAAUCAGGUGUGUUCUGCAAAGACUUUGAGAAAAUUAAGAGGUGAAAUUGGAUUUGAAGCUGCAAAUUCAAGACUGUUAAUCCCACCCUCUGGAGGAGCUGGGGUGAUCUAUACAGGAGAUUGAGAGCCUUUUCUUUUCUCAGUUUAUUAGUCAAGGUUAUAGGAAUGUAAACUCACAUCAUUUUAUCUCCUGUCAGUUGCUAUGGAUACAUAUACGAAUAAUAUGAACAUAUGUGGGAGGUUGUUUCUUUGUUGUAUUACAAUCCAGUAUGUACAAAUACAUGAUCUACUCUGAAUCCAUGCUCUCCUAGAAGCACAAUAUUUAUUUCUCAACACAGUGUAAGAAGGUUUUGGUACAACUUUCCUGUUAAAGAGAACAGUCCUUGUUUGUGUGAGGGAUUUUGCAGUGCCCCAGAAUACGAGGGUCCAUUUAGCAUUUUGUAUUACUUGGACCCUUGUGAAGAAGUGUGGUUUUAUGGGUCCAUUCUAGAUUAAUUGUAUUUAAGGUACUGAAUCAUGCACCUUGUGUGGCGACACACAUGCAUGCACAAAUGCUGCUCUCAUUUCAAUUUGUUCAAGGAGCUGUACUAUAUUCACAAAUCCUUUGUCUUGUCAUUUCCUUUUUGCUUUUGAGCCGUUUUACAAUGCAAUAUAAAGUACAAGUGUUCUGGUUCAGAGUAUCAGGGAGGGUGUUGUUGUUUGAGCCUAGUCACUACGGUCAGGAGAUGGGCCGAGUGAGUUCCCAUGUCUGGGCAGUUCCUUCUUUACCCCACUCACUCAGCAGAAGUCCCAGUGAAUUUCACUCUGUAUGAUAAUGUUGGACAUUGAGUAGUGAUCAUUCAUUAACUAUAAGGAAAUGAUAAUCAUCUGGACUGUACAAUCAACCAAUUGUUGUUAAUAUUUUUUAUUGUUUGUAGCUAAAAUUUUUGUGAUUUUUAAUUUACAAAUAAAGAAACCACUGUCUUUUAAA